CAGCAACAAAUUGAUCCCGUGACAUUGUUGCCAGAUUCACCCCCAGACGUUACCACGAUAUCAAUUCCAACAUUUUCCCAAUGCUUAAAUGAUCUUCCAUCGGCGAUUAGGCUGACUGAACGAAAACGAACAAACGGCAAGCAAGAUGCUUGUGCAAAGCUUGUGGCUUCAGUGCCAGAGAACCAACGUAGACGCAAAAGUCUUACCAGCGAAUCUUUAAGUCAGUACGCCUGCGUUUAUUAGAAGACAUGGCGACUAUCUUGGUGUACUCCUGCCGGUGUAGCGAGAUCUUCGUGACCCCAUACCAAUCAUGCGUGAAAGAGCCCUUUUACUUCCAAGCAAAUUUCUCUUUCUAUCUCAAUCUUCGCCUGAAGGCGCACUUCUAACCCAGCUUAUGCCACUUAUUCAAGAGAACUCCAACCGAUCUUUUUAUGCCUUUCUCUGUACAUUUUCUACAUGGUCGUAUUACAAUAAUUUAGCUGACAGAAAGAGACUUCGUCAGACUAUCCGAAUUUACCGUCCAAACAAUUCAAACAAGUUACGCAACGCCAAAGAAGAACACUAAACUUCUUGCCUACUGUCGUCCCAAAACUAGUGUUGAUUUUAUCCUGUGGAUACCAAUAGCCUUUGUGGAUCGUGAUUGGUGUCUUCGUUGGCGUCUUGGCUAGCUACGUAGAGGGUAUGAUUUACUGUACCCCAGAUACCCAAGCUCACUACUAACGAAAUCUCAUGCAAUGGACUGUCUUCAGAUGUCCCACAAUUUAUAUCUAUCAGCAUCAAUCAGUGACCCAAUUUCAUUUAAAUUGAACCUGCUACCGACUAAA